ACUCCCAGUUCUCAGACUUUGAGAGUCGCCGCCAAUUACAAUUAGGGUUUCGUACGUUCUUCCCCCUUUCUGGCAACUCGAUCAAAAUCGGCGAGUUUCGUAGAUUGAAUAAUCUAGGCGAACAAUGAAGAAAUUUCACCAAAGAGAUGAACAUGAGACUGAUCGCACCAAGUCGGCGGAGACGAAGAGGAUGAAGAACAUGAAGAGAUUGGGAGGCGGUGGUCUUUCUCUCCAAACCUUUGCUAACAUGAAAUCGAAUAAAAAUGGCUAUAACCCUUCUUUGAUCAAAAAGCAAAAAGAGUUCUAUAAGAAUGCAAAGUAUGUGAGCAAGUUUAGGAAGUCGAUGAAGCAGCAGAAUUAUCAUGAUAAGAAUGAGAUUGGAGAGAGUAGUAAGGUAGAUGAUAAUGAUGGUUGUGUUGAUGAUGAUAAGCAGAAGGUUAAAUCUAAUAAGAGAAUCGGUUUAGAGGAUGUAUACAAACAGACGAAAGAAGAGAUGGAAAAAGCAAGGAUGGAGAGAGAGGCCAUUUUUCAGGCGAAGAAGGAAGCUAAAGAAGAGGCUGAAUCCAGGAGGAAAGUUGCAAAGGGGAAAAUGAUGAGAAAGACUCGACAUGGUCAGCCUGUAAUGAAAUACAGAAUAGAGCAUCUUCUUGAUUCCAUCAAGAAAUCUGCUGGAAUUGAUGGAAGCUCAUGACUGGUGUAGGUAGAUACAGUGCAGAUGAACAACCUUCUAGUUCUUUGCAGGAAUCUCUCAAAAACGUCUGGUGUGGAGAAGUUGCUGGUGUUGUGGAGGCCCAAAGCAGAAACCUUGUUUUCAUCUCAGAUACUGACCUGAUAUUAAUACUGGUGUUUGUCACUUAGAGAGAUGCUUUGAGGCAACAUUGGUAGUUUUUUUUGGCUAGGUCUUACUGUUUAGCUCAUGAAUUAUAUUAAAUCUUAUAAAGUGAGAACUUUUAUUCCAAACUUUAGUACAAACACAAGGUUUUGUUUUAA